CAGAGAAGCUCUUUUGGUGGGAGAAAGAGAGAUUUGAUUCUGACAAGUUAUUAGUCCAUUGAGGUCGGGCUGUCAAGUUUUGACAGCCCGAGUUUGAAGCUUCCAGGACUCUUUUUCUACUAAUGAGAUUGGUAUGCUAAAUUUGGAGUAUAUUGGAUUAGAUUGUGGUUAUCAUGGGUUCUUUGUCUGGGAUCAUUCAACGGCCACUUGUUGCUGCUGCUGCUGUUAUUGCCGCUUCUGUGUCUGCAGAUGUCUCUGAGAGGUUCUCAUCUUUUAGAUCACUUGUUCGAGGUUCUGAAUCAGAACAGAUUGCUCCUUCCGUGUCUGGUUCACUUCAGGAUGAAAGGUCCUUGUGGGUUUCUCAAGUCUCGGCUUCCAAGCUCGGGGAUUUAUCUUUUGUGUCGAGGAUUCAUGUUCCUGUACCAAAUGUUGAUCUCUUAGCUUCUAAUCCCAGCUGUAGUCUCGCUACUUCUGUUACUUCUCUGUCCGCUCUUCGUAGUGUUUAUCAGUCUGCAGAAUUGGCUAAGGCUUCGAAACCAUCUGCAUUCACAAUCGGGGCCUCGCUGGUGGUUCCUGAUGUCUCCUAUAGAUGGCAUUUGCCUGAGCCGAAUGCAAUCGAUCUGUCUGGUUCCUCGAGCUGUGCGAUGGAGAAGAAUAGAACUGUUGUGGUUUUGCUUGGAUGGCUUGGAUCGAAGCAGAAGCAUCUGAAGAAAUAUGCGGAUUGGUAUACUUCAAGGGGUUACCAUGUCAUUACAUUUACUCUUCCCAUGAAUGAGAUUAUGAGUUAUCAAGUUGGAGGAAAAGCAGAGAAGAACAUCGAGUUGUUGGUUAAUCACUUGGCUGAUUGGUUGGAUGAAGAGCAAAAGAAAAAUCUCGUCUUUCACACCUUCAGCAACACCGGGUGGUUAACAUAUGGAGCUAUUUUAGAAAAGUUUCAGAAGCAAGAUUCAUCAUUGAUGGGAAGGGUUAAAGGUUGCAUAGUGGACUCAGCUCCUGUUGCUGAUGCAGAUCCUACGGUAUGGGCGUCAGGUUUCUCAGCAGCGUUCUUGAAGAAAAACAGCGUAGCCACUAAAGGAUCUGCGAGCUCGUCAAAUGAGUUAAACAUAGGAGCAAGAAAUAACGGUAUAAACUUCUCCCAGCCUAAACCCGGUGCAACAGAAACAGCUCUGCUUUUGGUUCUUGAAAAGUUCUUUGCGGUGAUUCUAAAUCUUCCCAAAGUAAACAGGAGACUUGCUGAUGUUCUAGACACUUUAUCAUCAGCACAACCAAGAUGUCCACAACUAUACAUUUACAGCUCUGCAGAUAGAGUUAUACCCGCAGAACAAGUUGAAUCAUUCAUUGUAGAACAGAGGAAAGCUGGACACGAGGUCCGUGCUUGCAACUUCAUAUCUUCACCUCAUGUAGACCAUUUCCGGAGUAACCCAGAACUGGUUAUGGAUUUGGAUCAAUGGAUUUCCAAGGUUAAAGAUGGUCAGCAUCUCUCCGAAGACGAGCUUCAGCUUCUCUGCGAAUACGUGAAAGAGAUUCUGAUUGAGGAGUCUAACGUACAGCCUGUAAACAGUCCAGUCACCGUGUGUGGUGAUAUCCAUGGCCAGUUUCAUGAUCUAAUGAAGCUUUUUCAGACUGGAGGUCAUGUUCCCGACACCAAUUACAUUUUUAUGGGGGACUUUGUGGAUAGAGGUUACAACAGUCUUGAAGUCUUCACUAUUCUUUUACUUCUUAAAGCUAGAUAUCCAGCCAAUAUUACACUUCUGCGUGGAAAUCAUGAAAGUAGGCAGCUAACGCAGGUGUAUGGUUUCUAUGACGAAUGCCAGAGGAAGUAUGGUAACGCUAAUGCGUGGCGAUAUUGCACAGAUGUUUUUGACUAUCUUACCCUGUCAGCUAUUAUAGAUGGCACAGUUCUAUGUGUUCAUGGUGGCCUUUCUCCGGAUGUCCGGACAAUUGACCAGAUAAGACUGAUCGAGCGAAAUUGCGAAAUUCCUCAUGAAGGGCCCUUUUGCGAUCUUAUGUGGAGUGAUCCUGAAGAUAUUGAAACAUGGGCGGUUAGUCCACGUGGAGCUGGUUGGCUUUUCGGAUCCAGGGUUACCACUGAGUUUAACCAUAUCAACAAGCUUGAUCUAGUAUGCCGCGCGCACCAGCUUGUACAAGAAGGUCUUAAGUACAUGUUCCAAGAUAAAGGCCUUGUAACUGUGUGGUCUGCACCGAAUUACUGUUACCGCUGUGGCAAUGUCGCUUCUAUAUUGAGUUUCAAUGACAACAUGAUUCAAGCUCUUUGUGCUACUAGGAUCCUGCAUGGGUUAGUGAUGAAAUCGAUUGAAAUGUUUGUAUUACCAGGAAAGGGAAGUGAAGUUCUUCACAGAGACAGAAGAGAACAAUCAAAUGAGAGGGCCAAGGACUGGAGUUCCGUAUUUCCUAUGAAGAAUCACACUAUUAUAUUUGCUGUGAUGAUGAAGCCAUUGCUGCCAUUGGCAAUAUGUUCAGUGUUGAAAAGUUUCGGAGCCAUUCCCAGCCCUCCUCUGGCGGAUCUAGUUACAAAAGUUUCGGAACGGCUUAGGUUUGUGUCUUCUUCCGAUCUCGGCAAGAUCUUCCCUGAGAAUCGUCUCCUUUUGGCUCGUGUUGGUGCGCUGCGAAUUGUCCUAUCUCGUCGGUUGCUUUGUUGUGCGUAUUUGCAGAUCUGGUUUUUGCCCGUUUAUCCUCCAUGGUCCAUGCUGGAGAAGCGAUCAUCAUCAACAAGAAAGAGAGUGAUAGACAAAAUGGGUUCAUCAUCAUCUCCAUCCCCAAACGACGCCGUACUUGAAUCAGCCCGGCCCUUUCUCCGAGGAGAGCUAGAGAAGAUCGACCCCAAACUUCCGUCGUUAAUCGCCGUCCUGAAAAGCGUGGGUGCCGGCGAGUGUUGGCACAAACACGGAAGCUUCCUAGAUCACUUGAUCGAUAUCUACAAGAUCCUCAAGCUAUGGAAAGCUCCUGAAUCCGUCUGCCUCUGUGGUCUAUUUCACUCUGCUUACUCCAAUUCCUAUGUCAAUUUAGCCAUUUUCGAUCCUUCCACUGGUCGUGAAGUCGUUCGUGAUCAUGUCGGUGAAGCUGCUGAGUCGUUGAUCCAUCUCUUUUGCGUUGUACCGAGACAAACUCUGAUUCACGACGAUCUUUUGUUUAAGUACUCUGAUCGUGAGCUCGUUGAGCAUCUUGAUUGUUCCGAGGUUUCGUUGAGGAACGCAAAGGAGAAAGGGGUCUUUGAUGGAGAUGAAGAGUGGAGGAAGAAGAUUAAUGGUUUGGUUCCUGAGAAUGGUGUUGUUGUCAAACAUAUCAAGACAGUGAGAAAAGAGAGAGAUGAGGACAUAGAGCUAGUUGUGCCUCCAGUUUUCAGCUUCUGCACCAAGGUAUUGGAUGCAAAAGAGCAGAUAGAAGCAAGGGAGAUGUACUGGGAAGUUGUGAGCAGUGACACAAGCAAAGAAGGGUACUUGGAGAGAGCAGAGGAGAGAUUGUUGGGUUGUAUUGAGAAGAACCCAGUUGUGGGAGAGCCACAUGUGUUGUUGAGUCAAGUGUACUUGGGAAAGAAGAGAUUCAAAGAAGCAGAGAGAGAAGCAGAGAAAGGGCUUCUUCUGCUCUUGCAAUGGGGAAGUCCUUGGGACAAGAGAAUGUCAUGGGAAGGUUGGAUUGCUUGGGUUAGGGUUCUUCUCAUGAAAUCACAGGAUCAAUCUUGGCCUGAUGUUUCUUGGGGUAUCUUAAACUUGGGUCUUGUGCGCUAAUAAGAUUGGUGUUCACAACUUCCACAUCCUUAAUAAUCACAAAGAUAAUGUUUAAUAAGAGAUUAAUAAAGGAAUCCAUGUAUGUAGGUAGAUUAAGUCUUCUUGGCAUUGGUAUGUAUGAAAUAUUAGUAAACCUUUCGGUCACUUUUAAGAGUAUUGUUUCACUCACAAAAGUCAUCAGAAUCCCUUAUUCAUCUCAACAAAGAUAAAAUUUCCUG